AGCUCUAUUGCUGUUUGAGAAGGGAAAGUAAGCGUUACUAGAACAAAGCGGCCUUUAUUAACCACGCGUCACCCCCUCGUAAUCCCACAACCAUGCAAAGCAGCUAAACCGAACACGCGCCACAACGCCACCACGCCCACCACCCUUAACACUCUGUUCUAGAUAUUUGAUACCCUCACCCCCUACACACAUUUCAAUGUCACCCCACCCUCCGCCACGUACCCCCCCCCCUUUCUCACUUCCUUAUAUCACCCUUUCCCCCAUAUCUCUCUCAUCUUCACUCUUGUUUUCUUUUCUUCCAUUUUUUCUUCCUUUCCCUUAUCAUCAUCAUAAUCAUGCCGAUCAACGAUCAAAACAGACCCAUGGCUCAAAAGCUCUACGACUCAGCUCCGUCGUCUCGCCAGGUGGCUAAGUUCUUGACCGCCUCCACGUUGGGCGCAACGCUGCUUUUCUUGUCUGGGUUAACCUUGACCGGUACGGUCAUUGCCUUGAUAAUAGCUACGCCGUUGAUGGUUAUCUUCAGCCCGGUUCUAGUCCCGGCCGGGAUAACCAUAUUCUUGGUGACGAUAGGGUUCUUGUUUUCGGGCGGGUGUGGGGUGGCGGCGUUAACAGCGUUGUCGUGGAUAUACAAUUACGUGCAAGGGAAACACCCACCAGGAGCUGAUCAGCUCGAUUACGCAAGAAACAAGCUGGCAAGUACGGCUAGGGAUAUGACAGAGAAGGCUAAGGAAUAUGGACAGUAUGUGCAGCAUAAAGCGCAAGAGGUGACUCAAGGGCAAGCAUCUUGAAUUUAGGGUUUUAAGAAUGAGGGCGGGUGUGUUUGGGUGGUUUGAGAUGUUUUAUGCUUUGUUUGGUUGGUGUUUCUCUUUACAUGCAUUCACAGAUCAUAUGUUUUAAGCUUUGUAAUUUGUAAGGGAUGGUUAUUAGCAUAGAAUAUUCUGGUUUCUUUGUCAAUAAAAAUGGAAGAAGAUUGUAAAACCAACAUCACUUCAAUCUUCCUUCUUUUUUAA